AUGCUCAUGAAUUGUGCUCAAUUGGGAGAUCGUCGGAUAGAAAAAGCGAAGAAAGACUCCGUUGGCCAUCGGGAGACAAUUCUCCAAAUGAAAACGGAUCUCGAGUUUAUUUUCAAAAAAAUCCGAAUGUUCAAGACGGUGCUGGCGACGAAAUAUCCAGAGAUUUAUAAGGAAGUAUCUACCGAAUUGACACCGAAGAGAGGCGAGGACGACGAGUAG